AAAAAAAUGGAGUCCAAUACCAGUGAACUGAGCUCAAAAUGAGAGUUCCUGUAAAACUCCUCACCUUUAGCUUUUGGUUGUUUUUCUUAAACUAUUCCAAAUGUCAAGAAUGUCUUCGAGAGGACAUUAAAUAUGAAAACAUAGAGAUAGCUGAGAAAGCUUCAUACGCUGAUGGUGACACAGUGAGAGUGAGUUGCAUGACAGGUUAUAUCGGCUUGUAUAAAUUAAAGUGUGAAAAAGGAGAAUGGAAGACAUCCAUUGGGCGACCGUGUGCAAAGAAGAAAUGUAGUAAUCCAGGUGACAUAGGAAAUGGUGAUUUUAAACUGACAGAGGGGACGGAGUUUGCUUUUGGAGCAACAGUGGUCUACACUUGUAAGAAAAGAUAUGAAAUGACAAGCAGAAUCUUAGCUGCACAGCUCAAGGAUGGGACAAUACUCUUCCUGUUUGUGAGGCUGUAAAAUGUCCAGCCAUUCGCACAGAUGGGGAUGUGACUGGCAACACAGAGAAGGGACAUUAUGGUGAUGUUAUUCACUUUGAGUGUGUA